GUCAAAGUGGUGUCCAUCUCUCUGCAGAAGCCAAACACCUCAUAGCUGAACUCUGCAUAGACGGUGAUCUCUAGCAGGAUAUGCAGUGCUCCACACAGUGCAACAGGGCAUCACAGGACACCUGGCAGAUCUGGUUGCGGACAUGGCCCAGCAGUCAUAUUACAGCUCACAGCGCUGGAGAGGGGAGCAUUGCUCAGGAGCUGUGUGUGAACAUCUCUGGAUGCUGUUUAAAAAGGAGACCUCUGCUCAGGUUGAGACUGCAGGACUUAGGUGAAGUCACCAAACCUUCAGAUAGCUGAGGACAGUGACAGUGGUAAUGAAGCUGAGGAGGCCUCUUUGACAUGUCAUGUCCUCAGCAUGCCGUCAUCUAACCAGGGAUGGCCUGAGGAUUUUGGCUUUCAGCUGGGUGGGAAUGGACCAAGCUACAUCUUGUCUGUGGAGGAGGGCAGCAGCGCCCAUCUUGCGGGGUUGCAGGCGGGGGACCAGGUCCUGGAGAUCGAGGGCCACAAUGUGUCGACGCUGUGUCCACAAGCCGUCAUCGCCAUUGCACAGACCCAGAAGAACAUUCCUCCUAGCAUUGGAGUGGUGUCCCGCAUACAGCAGAUGGACAUCAUACCAGGUCCAGAUGGUCGUUUUGGGUUCACCAUUGUUGGAGACUGCCCCCUGCUGGUGGAGGACUGCUCACCCUGCUCCCCAGCAGGCCGUGCAGGCCUGAGGGCUGGGGAUUACGUUAUGGAGGUCAGUGGCAUCCCUGUCAGGCAGCAUGAGAUGGCUGCAGCAUUGAUCAAGGCCUCCCAGGGGAGGACACUCCGCCUGGGGGUGCUGUGCCUCGGCCCGAGGCAGAAACACAGCAUAAGCAUAGAGGACAGCCAGAUGGGAGGCGAGGGGCUGAGACUGGACCGUAAACACAAGGCUCUGGAGUUCAACAAGAAGGUUGACCAGAUUUUAGGUGAUGAACCUGAAGUAAAAGAGAAACUCUUCACUGUGCUGAAGCAGUAUGCGGCAGAGAAGAGAGUUGAGUGGUUGGCCUCUGUCCUGCCAGAGAUACUCACUACUGAUGAGCACCGACAGCUCAUCUCCAGUAUCAGAAUCUUCAUUCCCAAGAAGCACCGGCAGCGCUUCGACGAGGCUGUCUCCCAGAAUGUGAUCAACCGGCUGUGUCGCAGCAAGAGCAUCAGCGAGCCGCAGGGGAGAAUCCGGCGCAGUCGGAGUGAGGAUCACUCAGAACGCCAACAUGGGUCCAAACGGGCCAGCUCGGUGCCCAGGGAUGGAGGAGAACCCGGAGGCAAGGGUGAAGCAGAGAGAGACAGGGGCGUAAGGAAGUCUGGGAUACCUACACAUCCCCCCAUCGGACCCAAUCAGAGGAUCGUCCGUGUCUACAGAGGGAAGAAGAGCUUCGGCUUCACGCUGCGAGGUCACGCUCCCGUCUCCGUCGACUCUGUUAUUCCAGAUAGUCCUGCUGAGGAAUAUGGACUGAAACCAGGCGACCGUAUCCUCUUCCUCAAUGGACUGGACAUGAGGAACUGUUCCCAUGAGAAGGUGGUGUCCAUGCUGCAGGGCAGCGGAGCAAAUCCCACUCUGGUGGUGGAGGAGGGUCCGUCUGAGUACUCUUCAGACCAGGCCGAUCAAGAGGAAUGUUCUAGCCUGGCCUCCACCACAUUACCACGCUCCAGGUCUCCAGCCCUCAGCUCUUUGCAGUGGGUGGCAGAGAUUCUUCCACCAAGCAUCAAAGUUCAUGGACGGACUUUCAGCCAGCAGCUGGAGCACCUGCUGACUAUUCAGGAGAGAUACACUGUCUGUAAGGCCCUGGAGACCUUCUUCCAGCACAGGAAUGUGGACACCCUGAUAGUCGAUGUGUUUCCGGUGUUGGACACGCCGGCUAAGCAGUUGAUCUGGCAGUUCAUCUACCAACUACUGACCUACGAUGAACAGGAGCGCUGCCAGUGCAAGCUGUCACGCUUCCUGGGUUUCAAGAGCAGUGCCGUGUUGGAGCCUGACGCAGGCAUGGAGCACCACCGACGCAGCAGCUCAAUGCGCGUGACGGGGACUUCGUACCGCGGCAACAUCCGAGACAGGAGCUCUGACGACUGCAUCAUCGGGACUCACCUGGGAAUGGGAAUUCAUGUCGAUGAAUCUGGGAGUCCAGAGGAGAGGCAGUCAGGAGAUGGAACCUCCUUCCCCGAGUCCCCCGACCUCAGUCAUAUGACAGGUGUGUACACCGAGCUGGAGAACGUGUACGCAGGGAAGAGUGUGGCUCCGCCGCAGGGUGGCUCUUCAGCAGAGCCCGAGGUGCGGGGACAGACUGAGGCCUAUGGCCGCUCUCUCUCCCCCCUCACACUCCCCCCUCUCACAGGUAACCGUAAAUCCGGCCUGUCCCUAUCCUGGAAGGAGCCUCUCCCAACUACCGUGUAUGAGAUCCAGCACCAGAGCAGUGUGGAGUCCAACCCUUAUGUCAGCCUGGAGAGCCCCCCCGCCUCCCCCCAGCACACGGACAGUGGUCCCAACACACUGACUCGCCGCAAGAAGCUGUUCACUUUCUCCCGCCCUCCUCGCAGCCGGGACACUGACAAGUUCCUGGAUGCCCUGAGUGAGCAACUGGGCCACCGGGUCACUCUGGUGGAUGACUUCAUACCUGGGGAGAAUGACUAUGAGGAGAUAUAUCAAGGUGGUCAUGGUUUCAGAAGAAGAGGGCUGCCUAUGAGUUUCCAGGAGGACCAGGACCUGGGCUUCACGCGUCGGCGGCUCAGCAGCGGCAGUAGUGACGACCACAGUAGCAGCGAUGAGGCUUCCUCUCCCUCUUACUCCUCAGAGUCUGACCCGAUCCCACCGCCUCCCACCCAGAGCCCACCACCUCCCCCACCCCUCCAGGCGCUGCUACCCCCUCCUGUGCAGUUCACCGACUCUCCUUCACAUGUCCGCUUCUCCCCAGAGCAUGUUCCCCGCAGCCGGAUGCCCUUUCACCCUCACCACCCCAUCAUCCCUCCUCCUCCACCCCCUCUGAGGACCCUCCUCGCCAGCCGCUCUCCUCUACACAAGGAAAAGGCAGAGAAAACUCACCAGCGCUUCCAGACCACCUCCAGCCGGCUCUCACACAGCCACACCAUCCUGAGUUCCACCACGGUGCUCUCUUCUAAGUCAACACGCCGCAGCUACCUCCCUCGUCAGCUGAGCCAGCCCCAGCCUAUACGCCAGCCGUCCCCCCAGCACUCCUCUCAGACACUGAGACGGAGCCAGCUCGUCCUCCAGAGGCACCACCAGCUCCACCACCAACACAGCUACCAGGGCCCACUGCCACCGUCUCUCCAGGACCACAGCCCAUCCCAGAGCUCAAGUCAGGGCACUGCGGGCUCCUCACUGCUCUCCCAGCCUCCAGUGUCUCACUCCACCCUCCCCAGUCACACAAAGACUUAUGAAACCACACGACAGGAACACCAAUCACAGCAGGCACCACCACCUCCGCCUCCACCCCUGCCUCCACCCUGUGAUCCACCUCCACUGCCCAUAUCAGGCCAGCACGCCUCAGACACCAACCAUAUGAGUGUGAAGAGGCUGCGUUGGGAACAGGUGGAGAACUCUGAGGGAACCAUAUGGGGUCAGCUCGGAGAAGACUCAGAAUAUGACAAGCUCACUGACAUGGUGAAGUGCUUGGACCUCGAUGUGCACUUUGGGACCCAGCACAGAGCCAUCUCUCCUCCAGAGCCAGCCUUCCUGCCUGAGAACUUUAAAAAGAAAGACACGGUGGAGAUUCUGUCUCAUAAGAAAGCCUACAACGCCUCCAUCCUCAUCGCCCACCUGAAGCUCUCCCCCACCGAGCUGCGUCAGGUCUUGAUGAACAUGACCACCGACAGGCUGGAGCCCGCCCACAUCAAGCAGCUGCUGCUGUACGCCCCCAAUGAAGACGAAGUCAAACGGUAUGAACAGUUUGACCAGGAUCCGACCAAACUGAGUGAGCCCGACCAGUUCAUUUUCCAGAUGCUGAUGGUGCCUGAGUAUAAGACCCGUCUGCGGGGCCUCCUUUUCAAGACGACCCUGCAGGAGAGGACGGAGGAGAUGAAGGUCGCUUACGAUUACAUCUACAAGGCGUCGGUGGAGCUGAAGAGCAGCAAGAAACUGGCCAAAAUUCUGGAGUUUGUCCUUGCAAUGGGGAAUUACUUGAACAACGGGCAACCCAAGAGCCACAGGACAACCAGUUUCAAGAUCAACUUCCUAACAGAGCUAAGCACGACCAAAACAGUAGAUGGGAAAUCUACCUUUCUCCACAUUCUGGCCAAGUCUCUGUGCCAACACUUCCCCGAGCUGCUCAAUUUUCACAGAGACCUUACGACAGUGCCUCUGGCAGCCAAGGUGAACCAGAGGGCCAUCACAGCAGAGCUGAGUGACCUUCACACCACCAUCCAGGACAUCAGGGCGGCCUGUCUGAAGGUCCCUCCCACCUCUGAGGACCACUUUGCUUCCAUCAUGAGCAGUUUUCUGGAGAACAGCCACCCUGCCAUCCAGUCUCUGGAGUCCCUGCAGACUCGAGCAAUGGAGGAGUUCUCCAAGGUGGCCUCCUACUUUGGAGAGGACAGCAAGUCCACGAGCACGGAGGCCUUCUUCGGCAUCUUCGCAGAGUUCGUGUCCAAAUUUGAGAGAGCCCUAACUGGGACCCAGACUCCAGAAAACCCCAGAAGCCCUAGGCUGUCUUCCCCUCUGGCCUGGUAGAAGCAAGAAAAGCGGUCAGCUCCAUUUUCAAUCUGCUCUCCACUACCAAAGUGCCAAGAUCACACACAGAGACACCCAGACUAACAGCAACAGAGACUGUGUCAUCUAUCGCAAACAGGAGGACAACAAAAUGGAAGUAUAUCUGUAGGUAAUGAUAAAGGGUGCCCUGUGUGCAGCAGUGCUGCUAUUUCAGGUAGAGCAGGACCAUUCAGGUGUUCACAGGCCAACAGGAACUCACCAUACACUGAAGACGCCAACCAGUCUGUACAUUAUUUGCAUCUCUUUUUAAUACACACUCCACAUUAAAUAAUUAAAGAUACACUCAGUUGCUCCAUUUUAUCUUGAUGCUGCAUUAAAGAGAGAUGUAAGCAAUGAAAACAACUGGUCUGAAUAUUUACAGAGUACUUGCUAUGUUUGUUAUGACUAUAAAAAGUUUAUAUUUUCUAUCAGAACAUAUUUAAAAAUUGUAAAGAUUAAGCCUAGGUGUAGACUGGCAGCAGUUAUCUGGAGUCACAAGGCGAUUCACAUGUGUAGUUUAGAGUUUAUGGAAUGUUUGAUCAGACAGUGCACACAGCGGCGUGCACACUGCCUCCAAAAGAGCAGGACUGGACUGAACGAUAAUAGGUACUGGAAUUUUUACAUCAUCCUGUACCAACACAGCUGAUGCGGUUAUUCCUGUGUCAGUUAUGAAGAUUUUAAAGGGCAUCUUUUAUAAGAAUUUAACAUUUCUCCUCAGCUAAAGUCAACAUCAUCCACGUUCAGCUCUGGUUCACCUUUGUCCUUUGCAGAAUGCUGCAUAUUAUUUUUUUGAUUUCCUGAGGAGGAUCAGUCACUCGUUCUAUGGAGGCAAACCCAGGCCAAAAUAAUUUUUAUAAGCAACUUAAUACCCGAUUCUGAAAUUUAACUACUAUUUGAUUCUUGGUGUUUAAAUUUAAACAUUUAUAGAAUCGGAAUAUUACCAUUCCUCUUUACUAAACUUUAUAGCUGCAAAUUUUCAGUUGUGCGCCUUCAAAAAAAGUUUUUUCUUUGCUUGUUUUCAGGGAUUUAUAAGUUAUGCAAACAUUAUUAAAAUUCAUAUUUAACUGGUUCUAAAAAAGGCACGUCAGAACAGUCCAGUGGCUCCGAUUUUUUUUGGGUGAAAUUUGUAUGGGGAAAAAAAAUUUAUUUAGAGUUGUGCUGUAAGCCAUGUCAUCCAUCUAAGAAAUAAAAAUAAAGAUGAGUGAUCAUAAACCCUGUACAAAUACAUUUUCUGCCUGAAUUUGUGGCCCUUGGGGGAUAAAAAAAAAAAAAUUCUGAAAUUUCAUAACUAUUUCAAAAAGUAAAAUUCAGUUGAUUAAAAUUCAUAGACACCGGUAUGUAUUAAGUUGCUUAUAAAAAUGAAAUUUUUUACCUUCCUUACUGGCCUCUAUCAUUUUCGUCAUUAUUUAAGAUGACAAUGAGACAUGUCUAGGGCAAAAAUAACAAUAGCUUUCUAGCUGCUAGUUAACUUUAGCUUCAGCUCCUUGACUAAUACUCAAACAUGUCCCAAUAUGACUCAGCCCUAUGACUGAGUAUUAGGGCCACACUGAAGGAUAUUAAAAUCUGUGAUUUUGAAAAGAAACUUGUAAUUUUACAAGAGUAAAGUCAAUUUUACAUGAGAAAUAUGAUAUUACAAGGUUAAAAUAGGUUUCACAGAUGAGGAAAUACUUCAUCUGGUGCUCAAGACUUAAAAGAAUGUGCAAAAGAAAGAACUGUACAGACACAGCGCUGAAGUUGGCCUCUGAUUCACCAGUUAAGGGAAACUUAAGUUAGAAUACAAAUAGAUAUUUUCUCCAUUUUUUUCCAUUUGUUACUGUUAUGAAGGGUGUAAGACAUUCUGGAAAGACCCCUGACACUCAGUGAACCCUUUUUUAAGGACUGUUUAAAGGGUCUUUCAAGCACACUUUCUAAUUUGUGAAACCUUUUUCACUACUGGUCUUCUAACUGGUCUGAGGUGGAAAAAACCCAUAGAAAAUAUUGAUUUGUACUCCAGCUUAAAUUUCCUGUUGUGACUGUGUGAUUCUUUCUUUGGAACAGACAGUUUCUUGCGUGUUCUUUUAAGUCCUGAUGCUUAUGAUGAUCUGGUGCUGGUGAGCCAGAAGAUGAAGUAUUUCCUUAUUUGUGAAACCUAUCUGAAAGUAGGCCUAUAACUUAACGAGAUGCUCCACAUUCCUCAUUUCAACGCAGACAGACGUGUCCUGCAGCCUGAACAGGCGAGGCGACAGUUGCUAUAUAUCUAAUAAAAUUACGACUCACAGAUUUUAAUUUUCGCCAGUGUGGUCCUAAAUACUCUGGUGUACAGUCCUGAGCUGAAAUCCACCCAGUCAAGCCAGUUUGCAGUAUUACACCUUUUACAGUGUGGUGACACUGGCUAAAUCAGCACACUGUGAAAUUGAGCUCAUAAAUCAUCUGUUUCUAGAAAACGUGUGGGUGGAAUAGUAAAUCUUAUUCAACAGCUAGUGUAUUGUUUUUGACAGUACAGACAGAUAAAAGCCAGCUUUAAUAUGAAGGCUGAGAGUUGUGCUUCGGGCAAAGAGGAAAAUACUAAUAGCGCUGCACUUUGUCGAGUAUUUCUCGAGUGAUGUAAACGCAGCCCUACUUAAUCCAGUGGGCGGCUGCUGAAUGAAUGAAUGGACACGUCAAACACUUGUGGGAGGAAAAAAAACAUCCUACUGUAAAUGGUUAUUUCCUGCUUCUCCAGUCGUCAUGGUGAUCUCCUGUCUCAUCUACAGUACAGUGUAGCUGUAGCCGUGUUGUAUUUAUGUUAAUGAACUAUGGUUGAGAUUGUAAAAUGACUGAUUCUGCUAUGCACUGCUCAACAUUUUCAUUAUGUAACAUGCACCCGUGUGUCCUUUAAGUCCUGCUUUAUUUUCUUGUUCGAGUUUCAUCAGAAGAUUGCUGUUUUAUUUCUUCUUUUUGCACAGCUUUAGUCACGCUUACGAGGUGACCGUGAUCUCGUAAAACUGCUACUAGUGUAGUAACAGUGCUUCUUGUCCCAGUCGGUUGCAUGUUGGUGCGGUUCCUGUAUUAAGAUGUGCAGCUGGUAGCAUUUACCCUCCCUGGAUAUUUAGGUUUGAAAUGAAAUAAACCUGUUAGACUAG